AUGCUUCCAACUAGCACGCGCUUCACCACCACCAGGGUUGCGACAGUUACAUUUACUGUAUCGAUACUCAUCCUGGUCCUUGCAGGAGUCAUCGCUCAGUCCAACACUCUGCGGUCUCUGUGGACACCAUUAGACAGCGACAGGAGUGACAACAAAGUGGCUGCCGCGGCCGCGCGCAUCUUCAGCCCGUUCAGGUCGCUCUCGGUACUGACCAGAUCUUUCUCGGGCACUGCAAGAGGAGAAAUGGCCAAACGGACUCCCGUGUACUUUGUCUCCCAUGGCGGCCCGGACACAAUGUUCAACACCGAACACCCCGUCUACCCACAGUUGCAGCGAAUUGGCCGCGAAAUCACGCAGCAGGUGAAGCCCUCGGCCAUCGUGGUCUUCUCCGCGCACUGGCAAGCGGACCGGCCCAACACGAUCGAGGUCAACGUCGCCGAAGACGAGCCGUUGCUCUACGACUUCUACGGAUUCCCUCGCAGUUACUACCAGGAGAAGUUCCCCAACAAGGGCUCGGCGAAGCUGGCUCAACAGGUCAUAGACGCCCUCGGCGAGCAUGGGAUCAAGACGCAAAAGGCCGAGAGGGGGCUGGAUCACGGCGUCUUCGUCCCUUUCAAAGUCAUGUUCAAUCCCGACACGAACCCCGUGACGGUGCCGAUCGUGCAAGUCAGUCUCUUCGACGACCACACCGACGCGGCCGCGCACAUCAGACUUGGGCGGGCGGUCCAGAAACUACGAGAGGAGAAUGUCCUCAUCAUUUGCUCGGGCAUGAGCGUGCACAAUCUGCGACACUUGAUGAUGAUGGGCAGGGGUUCGAAUAGAACCAUGCCCUAUGCCGUGACGUUUGACGAAGCCUUGAAGGUUGCGGUGGAGACAAAGCCGGGAGAGCGGAGGGAUGAAACGAUGAAUGAAUUGUUGGAGAGGGACGAUGCGAGACAGGCCCAUCCGACCUUUGAGCAUCUGCUACCGAUCCAUAUCGCCGUGGGUGCCAGCGGAACGGAUCAGGGAAAGCAACUGUGGACAAUGCAGGAGGCGAGCAUGGGUUGGGCUCAAUUCAGAUUUGGAGAGGUCGAAGCUUGA